AUGGCUCCAUACCCAGCAGCCUUCUUAAACAAACCACUUAGAAGAGACUUCUUGUGGAGCGCUGUCGUUUACGAGGCCGACAAAGCUCGUGUUGGUUCGGGAAAUGUUCCAACUAAAGGUGACAAGCCUUUCUCCAACAGAAAAUUGCAUCCCCAGAAAGGUACUGGUAGAGCCAGAGUUGGUGAUGCCAACUCGCCCAACAGAGACAACGGCUUGAAGGCACAUGGUAUCAAGGCUCCACACGACUGGCUGACCAAGUUGCCUCGUAAGCUUUACGCCAAGGGUUUCCAGACAGCAUUCAGUGAACAAUAUAGAAAUGGCCAAUUAUUCGUCAUUGGAGGUGACAAGAAGGCAGACAGCGACAAAGGGCUCGUUGAUUUCGAGUAUGCUUACCCACAACAGAUGAAAGCGUUUGUGGAGACCCACGACUUGGAGAGAUUGAACCUUCUUUUCAUUACGGAUGUGCAAAGAGAUAACUUGUUGAAGGCCACUGAAGACAUGGGCAAGAAGGCCGAUGUGGUGACGAAGGAGGCACUUGAAGUGAGAGACUUGUUGAAGGCCAACAGAAUCUACAUUGAAGAGGCUGCAUUAAACUGGCUUGUCACCUAUUACGACCUUUAG